AUGCUAAUGAAAAAGAAUCAUGAUCAGGCCCUUCAGGUGCCGGCACUGUUCUCAAGUCGCCGUCGUUCCUCGCGACGAUCUGUUCGUUCAGCCUCUUCCGAAGACGUCCGAUAUACAAACAUUAAGACGCUUUUCAAGGACUUCUGCAAUAGGACUAGCUCACACGGUGUACCAUUCCUAGGCGCGUGGGUGAUGGCAGUGUGCUUUUGUGCUGCUACCCUUUCUUGUGCCAAACCUUAUUGGACGCUUUCUGAUUAUUUCCAGUAUAGGACUAUUAUCGAAAUGCAGUUGAGGUUUGAAGCUGCACCGUUUCCCGCUGCUACAGUGUGCAAUCUGAAUGCUUUCAAGUACAGCGAGCUCAUUCAAUACGAAGACAUCAAAGAAGGGUUCGAUCAUUGGGAAAGAGUCAUAAACGCCAAGGAAAUGAACGAAAUGCUACGUAAAGACGAACAGGAGAUGGAAACCGUUGAUCUUCGCCAAAAACGCACGCCGUUGAAUUUUCCAAUCGACGAACGCGAUAUCAAAGGAGCCGUCUAUCAGCCGAUAUUUGUUCGAUGUACAUGCUUGAAUAUGGAACAAUGCGUACCGAAUAGGAAUCCUCUCGAGGUGAACGCCUCAGUAUGCAUGUGUUUUGAAGACGUAACUAGAGGACUAAUAUGGCCGUGUUACCCAACGACCGCAUGGAGCGUUAAGGAAUGUCAUGAAUGCUCCAUCAUUUCAAACACGUGCUCGGAGCCCAAGGAGAACAACGUCACUAAAAAGACGCAACCUUGCCUUUGCCAGAGCAUUUCGCAUCACUGCAUGGUCCAUCCAAAG